CUGAUAAAUGUUCAUUCCUCCCCUCCUCAAACCAGUCUCUCUGCCACCCUGCUACUGACAGCAACAAGUUUGCUUCUUGUAGAUAAAAAUUAUAACUGCCAUUCAAACUGCUUUUGGAAGAAGAAUUCUUAAUCUGUGACACUUUACAGAAAAACAGGAAAUAUAAAAAACUGGGCAAUAGAGCCUGUGGGAAGCAGAUACAGGCCUACCUGCACUUCAGGUGUUCUGUUCUGAGUAAAGCAUCAUGGGAAAUAACCAAAGCAUCCUGGAGCAGCACGGAUACACCCUGGUUGGAGAAACUGGGCAGGGAGCUUUUGGUAAAGCUCUACGGGUGAAGAAUGAGAAGGAUGGCAAGGAUUACGUAAUAAAAACGCUCCAGAAAACAAACAUGAUGCGAGAAGUGUCUGAGCUAGAAGCUUUGAAACACCCAUUCAUUGUCCAGUACAAUGACUCUUUUGAAGAUGAUAUGAAUGUCUACAUAGUGAUGGAGUAUUGUGAGGGUGGGAAUCUUUCUGAGGAAAUUAAAAAGCAGAAAGAUACUGGUGAAUAUUUCCCAGAAGAUCAGAUCCUGACCUGGUUUGUGGAGAUCUGCAUGGCUGUGGAGUAUGUGCAUGAGAAGAACAUUCUGCACAGAGACAUCAAGCCACAGAACAUUUUCUUGGAUAAAUAUGGGAGGACUCGCUUGGGAGACUUUGGACUGGCAAAGCCCCUUGAAAGCUAUGCAAACACAGGUGUGGGAACAAUCUGUUACCAGAGUCCAGAAAUAAUUGAGGAAGUAGCAAACAACAGUACAAGUGACAUCUGGGCUUUGGGGUGUGUAUUGUAUGAAUUGUGUGAGCUUAGGCCUGCGUUUCCAGAAGAAAAUAUUCUAGAACUCCUCAAUAAAAUUGUGGAUGGGCCCUACCCCUCCAUCUCUGGACCAUUCUCCACUGAUCUACGGGACCUUGUGAGGGAUCUGCUUCAGAAGAAUCCAGCGGAUCGACCCUCUGCCAGUGAUAUACUGGGGAGACCCUUCCUUCUAGGGAUCCUUAUCCAAAAGACCAAGGGAAUCCCGGAAGAGCUGCAGCAGAAACUGAAAGAGCUGGAUGGAGUGGCAGAUGGUUUAGAGCGCAUGCUCUGGGGCACCACCGUGGGCAGUCUGACUGGAGGGGUGAUAGGUGCUGCGGGGGGGAUCACCACCAUAGUGGGGCUUGCCCUCGCCCCCCUCACUUUAGGGGCUUCUCUGAUUGUGACAGGGGUGGGAAUUGGGGUUGCUGCAGCUGGGGGGGUAACUGGAGCUGCUUCUAAUGUCACCAAAAUGGUGAAUGAGCAGACAGACCGGCGCACCAUAGAGAAUAUUAUACAUGAAUGUGAGGCGAAGAUGCUGAGCCUGGUCACGUGCCUCCAGCUCAUUUCCAAGGGUUUUGAGGAUCUGGACCAGAGCAGAACCCUCAAUGUAGCAGGGGCCACUCGGGUAGUGAGGAGCAUUGGGGGUUUGGUGAAACUGGCCCCUGCAGUUCAGGCGUUCAGGGCAGCAUCACAAGCUGUCAGACUCGCACGUGCAGCAGAGGUGGUCACCGGGGUGUUAGCAGGUCUCUUUCUAGCUGUUGACAUCUACUUCAUUGUUGAUGAUUCCAGGGAGAUACACGCCAUGAGACAGCAAGGCUCAAAUAAUUACACAAAGAUGGAGGAGUCAGAGGAACCCCCUGAUGAAGCCUCUGCAGGCCCACAGGCCAGCAGUGCUGCCAUGACACAGGAAGGCUCUAGUGCAUCAAAUGAAGGCACCAAAAUGGAGGAUUCAAAGAAAUCCCCUGAUGAAGCAACUGCAGGCCCAGAGGCUGGCAGCGCUGAGGGGAAAAAAGCAUUAAAAACCAGGGAGUUCAUUAAGAGGAUCAGGGAGGUGUCUGCUGUGCUUCAGAAAUGGCUGGAAGAUCUUGAGUCUGUAUACUCUACCAUCACAGAGUUAGAAGAAGCUUACAUGUCUUUCUAAACUGGCCUUAAAGGGGAAUUGCACUUUAUAACACCUGCUUCUCAUGACUGAUAUUGUCCUUCUAAUGAAUGUGUCGCCCUUCAUUUUUCGAUUAGUUAUUUCAUUAUGUUAAUAUUUUUUACGCUGUUUUGUUGUUUUCCUUUACCAAUGCAGGAAGUAGACCCAGGCAGUUUAGUGUCGAACUCGAGGAUGCAUAUCAUUGCAAGACUUCUGAUAUGGGCGUAGGCUACCUGAAGAUAAUAACAUUAGGUUGGUCGUAGAAAUAGUGUUGUAUUACCACUAGCUGGCGAAACCGGAAAUAAAUGGAUGGUGGCAAUGCCAUAACAGCCAGCAAGCUGUCUAACUGUUACCGUAGACAUCCUAUGUAUCACAGACAGACGCGAUAGGGUUAGCCAGCCCGCUUAGUACCUACCUGUAGCGGUUCGACCAACGAUGGGAGAACGGUGGGUACAGCUCCAGGCUUCAGACGGUCGCCUUGGUAAUCGGGGGGUUCAAAGUGGUCGCUGCAUUAAGUCCAUUACGCAUUAAGUUUUUAAGUCCUCGUUUGCAAACUUCUUCGGCUGUUAUGUUGGGGUGUCUGAUUACAUCCAGCCAUGUCUGGCACAAAGUUGCAUCGUGUGAACUAUGAAAAUGUGCUUUCAAGGCAAGUUUAACGGGGGCAUUAUAACAGCCGGUACAAUGCACCUCAUUAUUAUUGGUCUUAUAUCGCAUCAAACAAAAGAACGUUAGUUUGUUCGAUUUCAACGCUAAGUUAACAAAACGAUAUUGAAGAAGAAAAAACCGGAAACCAUACUACUAUGUGGGCUUGCGCUAAAAAAAGGUCUUUCUUUCUAACAUUAGACAUUUAAAAUGAAAUAACU